AUGGCACCACACCCCUUCGACCCGCGCGCCCUCCCACCAGAUGUCCCCUGCCCCUUCUGCAACAUAAUAUCCGCCUACCCUCCCUUCCCCCCCUCAGCGCCCCCCUCAUCCACCUCACCCGCCAUCGACCCGUCCAAGCUCGCGCCGGCCGCCUUCAUCGUGCUAUCCACACCGACCCUCGUCGCCUUCCUCGACAUCAUGCCCCUGUCUUCGGGCCACGUAUUGCUGUGCCCGCGCGCCCACAAGCCCAAGCUCACCGACGUCUCGACGCGCGAGGCCGCCGAGCUGGGCGCGUACUUGAGGGUCCUGUCGAAGGCGCUGGUGCGCACGACGGGCGUGCAGGACUGGAAUGUCGUGCAGAACAACGGCGCGGCGGCCGCGCAGGUCGUGAACCAUGUCCAUUACCACCUCAUACCGCGGCCUGAGAUCCGGGCGAGUGGGCGGUUCAGUGAGAGCUUCACCAUGUUUGGUCGUGGCCAGCGGCAGGAGUUGGACGAUGAGGACGGUGUUCGCCUGGCUGGGGAUUUGAGGCGCAACAUUGCUGUGGUGCUGCGGGAAGAAGGGAGCAAGGGAAAGUUAUAG